AUGAGAGAAGGUGUAGUCGAUAUACGGGAACGGAACACCUCGUACGAACUUUGUUUCAGUUCCGAGUGUAAAACAUUCCUCGGCUCCAAUGGGAUACGCACUUACAAGCUACCGCCGUCACCCACGCAAUCGCACACCAAAGUUGCGAUAAAAUAUGUUGAAGAUGAAACACCCACCGAUUAUGCCCUGAUGUGCUCAAAUCCUGACUUCUGUGCAGUAUCAAGAUCACUACUUAGCACAUCAUUGCUAGGGAACCCAAAUUGUUGGCCGGUUGGUGCUGUUAUAACCGUUGCCAUGAUCUUCUACGUAAUUAGUAUGCUGAUUCUCAUAUCACUGUGGGGAAUGUUAUCACUUAUCAGAAUCACCCGUAAGAGUCCUGCAUCAGUGCAAAACGUAUACUCUAUCAAUGUACCUCGAGAAAAUGUCCAGCUACAUUCCUUGAAUCCGACUCUGUUUAGCGGUGGGUUAGUAAUCACAUUGUGCAUUGCAGUAUUGGCAGGAAUGAAUGCGGUGGAUGCAUGCCAACAUGGUUUUACCCGAUAUAGCACCAAUAUUGUAUGCAGUCAGAACAACUGCAACUUGGAGCUCAGCAGAGAACUCCUGUUCAACAGGAUCCAGAAUGAACAUUGCAUUGAAGUCCACCACCAGAACAGAACGGUCGGUCUGCUCAAGAUAAAGCUAAGAGCCGCAAGUCUAACCUGCUCCAAAGAAUCGAUAACGUACACCAGAAGCACGGUUCACCGGGUGUACUCAGCUGUUAGAUGUUCCCAAGCAGGCUCCUGCUACGGAAAUGUAUGCGACACGAUCAGUCGUAACGAUACUGUUCCGGAGCUGUCACAAGCAAGAGACUUUCCAGGAUACAUUGGCUGUCAAUACACUUGCGGAGGGAUGAGUUGCGGCUGUCUCCUGCCAUCCCCCUCCUGCACCUUCUAUAAGGUCGCCCAUACACCCGUGUCCGGAACGGUGCAUGAAAUUAUACGAUGCAGUGAAUGGACACCAUCACUGCACAUCGAAGUGGAGAGUAGCUUGUCACAAGUAAUCCGAAAAGAGGGCAUCGUCUUGACUCCGUACAUAACGGCCAAAUUGCGAGAAUUUAAUAUCACUGCCACAUCUGUACAGAAUUCGCACCUACCAGUGCUGAACAGAAGGUUCGCACUGUCAAGCGACACCUCACUCAUUCUACCUGACGACUUCAGGCUGCCGGUCGAAUGUGCGACGCGGAAUGAAGCAAUGAACAACUUCAAGAAUUGCGUUAACAAAAUUAUUUGCGAUUGCAACACAGGCUGGACCAAGCAUCAUUGCCACUAUCCAGAUUACUCUUUGCGUACUGUAGAAGAUGACAGCAGUAAUCGAUUACCCCUACUGGCCCCCUUCAUAGAAAUACAUUCCAAUGGCUCGGCGCUGUCAGCCCUAGUCAAGGACAUUGAGACGAUUGUGACAGUCCAAUCCAACAUCCUGCUCGACAGCGCUGAAUUUGUCUACGAAGAAAAAUGUGACAACAGAAUGAGCAACAUAGUUGGGUGUUACAGUUGUCUACCAGGGGCCAACAUAAAUGUGACAUGCUUGUCGAAAGAUCCUACAGAGAUCACUAUUUCAUGCGACGAGAUCUCAUUUUCUGUCCAAUGUGGUCCGACAAAGCCGUCAACCAUGAUGUUGCUGCAUCUCGAUUCCGCGGUAGUUCAGCGAAAGUGCCAUACAAGCUGUGGCGACAGAAAAUGGGAUCUGCCGUUGAAUGGAACGCUGUUCUACCACCACCCCAGACAUGAUUCCGUGUUCAAGUUUAACGAAGAAGACCAAAAAUCCAUGAGCUGCACCACUGGAAAGCCUUUUUGGCCGCUGGAGUUGCUGCACUUGCAGCAGCAGGCCUCACCUAUCUAUUUGGGCCAAUAG